CUCUAGCUUUCGCGGCGCGUGGACAGCAAAGUACAAUCCAUCUCCACCGUAAUCCCGGCCAUUGGGACGCCCGAGCAGUCCUUCUUUAUCUCCAAUUCCCACUACUGUUAUUUCUCAACCUUCGCAAUCCUCCAGUGUUCCACGGUAAUCCUCGGCGGUCCCAAAAGUCACCAUGAGCCCUUCCCCGAAAGACGUUGCCUCCAAGGCCGCUGAAACUGUCGCCAAAAACUCCUCAGCGAAGGAGUACAAGAAGGAAUCGACUCCGGCUCGAGUCUUAGGAGCGGGAUGCGCUGGUAUUGCGGAGUUGAUGGUCUUUCAUCCGGUGGACACAACGGCAAAGCGUCUCAUGAGCAACUACGGCAAGGUCACCUCCGCGGCGCAACUCAACACAAUCAUAUUCAAGGACAAGGCUAGCGCAUCAGUUCCAAGCCGAUUCUUGUCGCUAUUUCCCGGUCUCGGCUACGCAGCUGCUUAUAAGGUGCUACAACGGGUGUACAAAUACGGAGGCCAGCCUUUCGUUCGGGAUUAUCUAGCGAAGAACCACGGCAAUGAAUUCGAUGCUGCGUUUGGGAAGGGUAAUGGAAAGGCUAUAAUGCACGCCACAGCCGGAAGUCUAAUUGGUAUCGGAGAGAUUGUUCUCCUGCCCCUCGACGUUCUGAAGAUCAAGCGCCAGACCAACCCAGAGGCAUUCAGGGGCCGAGGACUCAUCGCGAUCAUCAAAGACGAGGGAUUCGGUCUCUACCGAGGCUGGGGAUGGACUGCUGCUCGCAAUGCCCCGGGCUCAUUCGCUCUGUUCGGAGGUUCGGCCGCUGCUAAGCAGUACUACUACAAAUUGACGGACUACAACGCCGCAUCGUGGAGCCAGAAUUUCGUCGCCUCCAUCGCUGGUGCCAGUGCGUCACUCCUUGUGUCUGCGCCCCUCGAUGUCAUCAAAACUCGAAUUCAGAACAGGAACUUCGAGAACCCCGAGAGUGGAUUCAGGAUCGUAUCCAAUAUGAUGAAGAACGAAGGAUUCUCUAGCUUUUUCAAGGGUCUGACGCCGAAGCUUCUCAUGACCGGACCGAAGCUAGUGUUCUCUUUCUGGCUCGCCCAGACCCUCAUUCCCGCCUUCAACAAGGUGAUGUAGAUGGGCUUAUUUGGAUGUGUAUGGAGUUGACGGUACAAAAGGAUCGGUUGGUUUGUUGGAGCACGGGAUGCUGGAUUAACGCAUCUCGUCAGCGCCGGGUUAUUGUUCUGCUUAUGGCGCCUCUUAAUGCGAUGUAUGAUAGUGUCGAGUCGCCUGAUUGAACGGCGACUUGAAGAUAGGCACAGGUACAAACAAACUCUUCUCGAAUAGCAGCGCAGCCUAGCGAGGGCGUGAAUGACUUGUGUCUCGUGACUUGUGUA